GGUUUGCGAUUCGCCAUUAAAUCAGAGAAGAAGAAGAAGAAGAAGAAGAAGAAGAAGAAGACUAAGAAGCUGAUUGGUUAAGCCGUUGAAGCUUCGUUUAAAUUUACGUUGGAUGUUGUUGUAACUGCUCGGCACAAUUAAUUCAGUUCGGUUUCCAGUAUUUAUAAAACAUUUAGUUCGGCAAUAUUCUUCAAGUCCACGUUAGACCUUGGCUGCAGUAUUUUUCAUCUUUGUUGGAGGCGAUGCGUCACGAUUCAUCUGCCAGCCGCCGGAAGGGGAAAACCCCUCAACAUCGGCCCCCGCUGGAGGCCCCAGGAACCUCCGCUUCGACAGCCCGGUCCCCAAGACGCAGUGGAGUUACAAACCAGCCCCGUGUGUCUCCCAGGAAGAGACGGUUUCGACCAGGGACCAGGGCCUUAAUGGAGAUCCGCAAGUACCAGAAGAGCACGGAUCUUCUGCUCAGGAAGGGACCCUUCUCUCGUCUAGUUCGUGAGGUGUGCCAGAGUUUCUCUAGUGAAGCUCUCCGGUGGCAGGUCUACGCUCUUAUGGCCCUGCAGGAGGCUGCAGAGGCGUUUCUCGUCCUGUUGUUCUCAGAUGCCAAUCUGUGUGCCAUCCACGCCAAGCGGGUCACCGUGUUCCCCCGGGACAUUCAGCUGGCCAGGAGGAUCCGUGGAGUGGACAACAUGUGAAAACAACGAGUCUUUCCACUUCACUUUGUUCUGAUUCUAUGAUGCUGUGUUGCAUCUGUUCAAUAGAAGUGUUGUGAUUUCUUGGGAAAAAGAAACGUUGGCAGAUCAUCACAGGUUUUAUGUUCGCAUCAAGUCACCUUUUAAGAGUUUGACUGUUAAUAUGAAAAUGAUUCUUGUCCAGCAGUAUUUGAAUACAUUUUUGAAUAACUUUACUUUUUAUAAUAGAUCUGCUGUCUUAAUGUGAUCUUUGUGUACAUAUUGUUCUCCAUUCAAGUAAAUUGAUUUUGUCAAUAAACUGUUCUGUUACCUA